AAAGGAAACAGGCAGGCCAGAGCGGCCCUAACAGAGGAAAAACAGCUGUGACGCGAAGAAAGACCUUAAAGAAAUAAGGAAAGAAAAACAUUCGCUUCGGGUCUUCAGUUGAGGAAACCGGACGUUGCGGAAGUAGAUAUUAGCUUCAACAUGGCGCUCACCUGGGAGCCUCUUUGGAAGACGUUGAAGCAGCUGGUGUUACUUUCCGCCUUGUUUCGUCUGGUUGUGUCUCAGGGUGAAGGCGAGAAGCAGUGGCGACGAAGCGCCGGUGCUUCGGACACGAUAGAGACUUACAGCCACUACUACAAUCAUGUUGAGCUAACGAGACGCCUGCAGGCUUUGGCGCAGACCUACCCCCACAUCGCGAACCUGUCGAGCAUCGGUCGGUCUGUGGAGGGCAGGGAGCUGUGGGUGAUGCGGAUCACCGUGGAGCCCGACAAAGACACGCCGGGGAAACCCAAAUUCAAGUACGUGGGGAACAUGCACGGAGACGAGACCGUGUCCAGACAGGUGUUGGUCUACCUGGUGGAGUACCUGCUGGCUAAGUACGGGGAGGAGGACCGGAUCACGCAGCUGGUGAACAGCACGGACAUUUACAUCAUGCCCAGCAUGAACCCCGACGGCUUCGAGAGGUCAAAGGAAGGGGACUGCGAAGGUGAAAACGGGGGUCGAAAUAAUGCCAGAAACAAGGACCUGAACAGAAGUUUUCCCGAUCAGUUUGACGGGACAAGAGUGAGUCCAGACGUCAUCCCAGAGGUCGUGGCAGUGAUCAAAUGGAUCAAGGAGAAGAAGUUUGUUCUGUCUGGGAACCUGCACGGCGGCACUGUGGUGGCCAGUUACCCUUUCGACGACUCUGCCUCCCACAUGCAAGAGGGCUUCUACAGCCAGUCGGAGGAUGACGGUCUGUUUCGCUACCUGGCCCUGGUGUAUUCCCAAAAUCACCCUGUGAUGAAGACGGGUCAGCCUGACUGUCCCGGCUCUUCCGGAGAAACCUUUAAAGACGGGAUCACCAAUGGAGCCAAGUGGUAUGAUGUGCCAGGAGGAAUGCAGGACUACAACUACCUGUAUGGAAACUGCCUGGAAAUCACCAUGGAGCUGAGCUGCUGCAAGCACCCUAAUGCCUCUAAGCUGCAUGAGGAAUGGGAUCUGAACAGGGAGUCCCUUCUGGCCUACAUGGAAAAGGUACACAUGGGAGUUCGUGGCUUUGUGAAAGAUGCAGUUAGCGGUGCUGCCCUCAGCAAUGUCAGCAUUGUGGUUGCUGGAAUCCGCCACAACCUGACCACAGCAAAAUUUGGAGACUACUACCGCCUUCUGCUGCCGGGAACCUACAAUAUCACAGCUGUGGCUCCAGGGUACCUACCAGAGACAUUCAACAAUGUUCAGGUUAUUGAUGGCAAACCCACAGAGAUUAACUUCACCCUGCAGCCUGUUGUCAGUGAGGCUGCAGGUAAAACCCCCCAAACUACAACCUCAGCUCCACCCACCAGUCACCCCGUUACAUCCUCCACGAAGGCUUCCAACAGCAGCCAAGCUCACACAGUUCCCACCACCCCUCCAUUCGUCCCACCUCGUCAUGAGCCCAUCCAUCCAAAAGAGUUUCGUCACCACAACUAUGCAGACAUGGAGCUCUUCUUACGAAAGUACAGCAGUGAGUUUUCGUCCAUCACCCAUCUUCACUCCAUCGGCAGCUCUGUACAAGACCGGGAGCUGUAUGUGAUGAUAAUCUCGGACAACCCUAAAGUUCACGAGCAUGGGGAGCCGGAGUUCAAGUAUGUGGGCAACAUGCAUGGAAAUGAGGUGGUGGGAAGAGAAUUGCUGCUCAACCUCAUUGAAUAUCUGUGUCGCAACUAUGGUACCGACCCUGAGGUCACUCAGCUGGUCAACAACACUAGGAUUCACAUCAUGCCCUCCAUGAACCCCGAUGGCUACGAGGUGGCUGUCGAAGGUGACGUGAAGGGCUACAGAGGACGGAACAACAGCAAUGAUUAUGAUCUGAAUCGCAACUUCCCAGACCAGUUUAUCACCAUCACCGAACCCAGGCAGCCAGAGACAAUAGCCGUCAUGAGGUGGUUAAAGAGCACCCCGUUUGUUUUGUCUGCAAACCUUCACGGAGGCUCCUUAGUGGUCAACUACCCCUUCGAUGAUGACAAAGAAGGCCUUAGUCAUUACAGCAGGUCACCUGAUGAUGAAGUAUUUAAGCAGGUGGCCAAAGCAUACUCACAGGAGAAUCCUCUCAUGCACAAAGGUCACCCUUGUGAUAACCUGUAUCCAGAGGACUAUUUUGAGGAUGGCAUCACUAAUGGAGCCAACUGGUACACUGUUCCUGGUGGGAUGCAGGACUGGAAUUACGUCAACACAAACUGCUUUGAGGUGACCAUCGAGCUGGGCUGCGUCAAGUACCCGCUGGCAAAAGAGCUGCCAAAAUACUGGGAACAAAACUGGAGAGCUCUGCUGCAGUUUAUGCACCAGGUUCACACGGGAAUAAAAGGCACAGUUUCUGAUGACCAGGAUAAAGUGGGAAUUCCCAAUGCCACCAUCAGUGUGGGGGUAAUAGACCACAACAUCACUACAGGUCAUACUGGAGACUACUGGAGACUGCUGGUUCCUGGGACUUAUGCAGUCACUGCCUCUGCUGAUGGAUAUAAGCCCUUGACGACCUACGCUACAGUCUCAAAGGACCAGGCAGAGGUAGUGGACUUCAGGCUGACCCGCUUAAACUCGGAAAAUACCGGUCAAACUGUUCCCCAGCUGACCCAGAGCCCAUCGGACAGGGAGCUCUACAGCUUGAUAAAGGAGCUGUCCCUGGACCAAGGUUUGGAGCAGCUGGUCAAGAGCACAGCCACCGAUAACAACUUUCGCUACCGACGCCCAAAAGACCUGGAAGCUUUCUUGAGGGGCCUCACACUGAACUUCCCCCAAAUUACAUCUUUACACAUACUGGGUGAAAGUGUAGAGUUUAGAAACAUUUUGGCCCUGGAAAUCUCCAACAAUCCAGAAAAACCAGAGCCGUCUGAACCAAAGAUCCGCUUCGUGGCGGGUAUUCAUGGCAACGCUCCUGUGGGCACGGAGCUGCUGCUGGAGUUUGCCGCCUGUCUGUGCAUCAAUUAUGGCAAGAACCCCGCCAUUACCAAGCUAAUCAACGAGACCCGCAUUUUCAUUGUGCCCUCCAUCAACCCUGACGGACGGGAACAGGCAGCGGAGAAGAAAUGCUCAUCCAGCCGCGGCCUGACCAACUCCAAUGACAAAGAUCUUGACAAGACGUUUUUCGGUAACUCAUCGCAGCAAUUGAUGAAGCCAGAACCAGAGACCAAAGCAAUGAUGAAUUUUAUUCAAAGCAAUGACUUCAGUCUGUCUGUCGCCCUGGAUGGAGGCGCUCUGGUUGUCACCUACCCUUAUGACAAACCUGUUCAGACUGUUAAUAAUGAAGCAACUUUGAAGAACUUGGCGAAAGUGUACGCCAAGAACCAUCCCAAGAUGCACCCCGGUGAUACUGCAUGUUCCAACAACGGGCAAAUGGGAAAUGUCCCAGAUGGAGUGAUGAAAGCAGCAGAGCUGCACAGUCACAUGGGGAGCAUGAAGGACUUCAGCAUGGAUUUCGGACACUGCCCAGAAAUCACAGUGUAUACUGGCUGCUGUUUGUUUCCUGCUGCUAAUCAGCUGAGCACACUCUGGGCUGAGAACAAAAAGGCUCUCCUCAGCAUGCUGGUGGAGGUCCAUAAAGGGGUGCGUGGCGUAGCGAGGGACAAAAGCGGGAAACCAAUUGUCGGAGCGACCAUUUUUCUGAACACGAUCCUGAAAGUCUCUACUAAUGGGGGCGGCUACUUCCACAUCCUCGUCUCCCCGGGCACCCAUAGUAUUGACGCCAUCGCUGACGGCUAUCAAAGUCACCAUAAACAGGUUGUGGUCACUUCCCAUGAAGCUGCUGCUUUUGUCCUGAUAGAGUUUGAUGUAGACAAGAGCAUAUUUGGAUUUCAAAGGGAGUUUGUUGUGGCCUGUGCAGCUGCCACUAUGACAGCACUGGUGUUGACGGCGUGCAUCAUUUGGUGCGUGUGCUCAGCGAAGUCCGACUAUCAGAAGGACGGCUUCCACCUGUUGCGGCAGCACCGCGACGAAUACGACGAUGAAAUCCAUCUCAACUCCAUGGGCUCCAAAAAGUCCCUGCUCGCCCACGAGUUUCAGGAUGAAAGCGAAAGCGAUGAAGAGACACUUUAUGCGAACAAAAUCUGAAAGAUUUGCACUAGUUUGAUUCAGUGAUUUUGCUUUUUUUUUUGUAUUUUGCUCUUGAUUUAAAUCCUUAAGGAUCUCAUUGAACUCUUCAUAUUACAGUUUCACCGUCUCUCUUUCUGAAUGAGUGACAUAAGCAUUUUCUUUGUUACAUCAGUUAUUCUGCUGGUGGACUCCUGGCUGACCAGCAGGGGGGGAUGGAGGACGACAACAAUGAUGAUGAACACAGAGUGAAUGAAGAAAUUCCUCUCCAGCCUCAUUGAUUGUUUGCAGUGGCUUCUUUGUUUUCUGAGGCGUUCAAAAAGGCCUCUGCUUGUUCUGCCCAGUUUAAAGGCCAAGCUGUCAAGUCCAAGUGAACUCCUGAAAACAAAUCUAACAAGAAGUUCUGUUUGGCCCAAAAUGGAUCUUUGAAAUAAGCAACAAUUUAAUAAUCCUGGUAAUCCAGUUUUAUUUAAUUUUUAAUUUUUAUUUGUUGAUCCAAAGUAGAAUAGCUGCACUGAAAGUGUGCGAGCCUUUGGGAGAACGACUCCAACUCCGUGGUUUGGCUUCUGUAGGUUUAUCUGUCCAGUCAGACUGAAAUAGAUGAGACAAAGCUCCAUUUGCUUUCAAUAAACUGAGUUUAUGCUUAGAAUUGAUUCAUCCAGUAGUCUGCUGAGGAGAAAGGAUGAAAAAUCUUUCUCGUUAACUUUUUGGCACAAUUUUAAGGUGACUUGCCUGAGCGCUUAUCAGUUUUUAUUUUUCAGGCUUAAAUGACAUUUGCCCUGUACUGGUAAAUGCAUCAGGAAAGUUCACCUGAACUAAGGGCUUUUACUCCACCAGAGCGGUUCCAGUUCUAAAAUGGUCAGAGUAUUUGCUGAAGUCUGGUUCUUAUAGAGCAACAACACUACCGUGAGUGCCAUGUUUAAAAACUUAGUUUAGUUUUUGAGCUAAUUUAAGUAAAAUAAAAAAGGUAGAAACUCUGGAUAAAUUAUUAAGAGUUUCAUAAUCAGUUGAAUAAGACUAGCUUUUUGUCUCCCUGUGUUUUUUUAAUUUUAUUUUUUAAGUUUGAUUUAAUUGAUAAGCUGUUGAAAUUAGAGCCUUCAUUCAUAGAUAACAGGAUUUGCAUAAGCCGGUUCUCUCCCAGGAGAUCUACUAUUUACUGGUUAAGAUGUUCAUGGUGAUGCAAUGAUGUGGCAUCAAGAUGGCUCCAUGGCUGUGGAAAAGUGACCAGUUCUUUUGAUACCAGUUAAGAACUGCCUCUAGCACCACUGGAACCACUUUGGUGGAACAACCCCAGAACUGGAAAGCAAACACUGUCUGAUAUCACUGCUGAAUGGGGGGAAAAAAGAAGCUAGAGAUAUGUAGUGAUUGUAUUUAUCAUUCCCUUUUUUGAUAAAUUUAUGUUUCAGUAUAAUUUUGUUCUGUAUAUGGAAAGUUACUGCUGGCUUUUAGUUGUCCCGUUAUUUGCAUCAUAACCUUUUAUUUUUAGCUAUACUUUGUUUUCUAACAUUUUUGAUGGCAAAAUACUUUCAUGUAAAACCUGGUUUGUUUGCCAAUUAAUUAAUAAAAUACAUAAAAUGUAUUUGUGCCCUACAAAUUAAAAUUGUAGCUCUCAAACCUCUGAUAUUAUCCAGGUAAUAUGCUCCUCAGUUAUCUUCAGGUUGUAACUUUAACUUGAAGUUACAAAAGUUGUUUCUCGCUGACUCAUUCUGUGAGAGGCAAGUUUCUCCAAAGACAUUGGGAGUCAUAUGGAAAGCUUUAAAAUGGUUGAAAAUAUGGGUAUUUUGUGUCUCUUUUAGGUUUUCUGGCUUCAUAAAUGUAAUCAAAAGCAUUUCAAAACAAGCCAGAUAAAUCACCAAAAUCAAAAACGGGAUAGAUUUGCUCAACUUUGAAAAGCUCAACUGCUGUUGGUUGCUAUGAAAUCACUGGAAGCGCAUUGGGAAAGGCAAAUGCACGGUUUAGCAGCAACAUACUCUUGCUCGCUCCCACGUAUACCCUGACCUCUAGCGAUUUUCACAAGAGAUUAUUUCUUAAACUUGCGUUGGGAGACAGUUUUGUAAAUUACUUUUCUCAUGCUAUGUUUGUGAAGCCCCUUUGAAUUCUCUAUGAGCUUUGGAAAGUGUCACACAGUCUGGGUGUGAAGAUGUUAUAUAAAGAAACUGGAACUGUAAAUAUUGUUUGCCAAUUGUGCUUGGUGCUUCUUGUGAAUCCACACACAGCAGAACAUUUCACCAGAGCCUUGAUGUGAUCUUAAUAUGCUAGCAUGCACAACAAACAUGCAAAACUACACAAUAAAACACCUGACAGCCACA